CCAAUGUUGAGUCCAUAUACUGAACAAGCAUGGAUGACCUUAAAACAUUAAAUUACACAUUACAAAACGUAAAUACAGAGUUGGUUACUCGGUUACAUCUUUUUUUGUUUCACGCGGGUGUAUGAGAGAUUGUUCUAGAAAUAUACUGUACUCUAUAUACUGUUGUAUGUGAUUUUUUUAAUGGAAAAAGGAGUGAAGCGGACGCACCCGGACGCUUGUAUAACCCCGCCCCCUCGGUUCACGCCCCCGGUGACGUCACAUAGAACCUCCCCAUGCGGGAGACUGUUGUAUGGAGGAGAAUCUGUAUUGUGCAGCCCUCCUGUAUGUUUAUGCGUGACGAAUCCAACCGAAAUGCACUAGGACCUAAUUGAAGACUGCAUGUAAAACAUAAUCGAUGGAGAGGAAGGGCCACACGAUGGACGGGCUGUGCAAGGCGAUGUGCACGGAGCUAUGAAUUAGCGUGUGCAAACAUCUUCGCGGAAAAAAAAGUCUGCAGCUGAUGGAGCUGCUUCACUGUCACAUUUUGUAUCUCGCACUUGCUGGGAAGCAGUAACGCCGCACAUCGAGCUUUAAACGAGGAAUUGGGGACCAACUAAUCUCGUUCUUCAUGGUUUUUGAAAGAGAGAUGGACGGGAUCGGCAACAGCAUGCAGAUGAAGGCUGCGGAGCUGGAGCGGCUGGCCGAGGUGCUCGUCACUGGGGAGCAGCUCAGGUUGCGGCUCCAUGAGGGGAAGGUCAUUAAGGAUCGGCGCCAUCACUUGCGAACGUACCCAAACUGCUUUGUGGCCAAAGAGCUCAUUGAUUGGCUAAUUGAGCACAAGGAGGCCUCAGAAAGAGAGACAGCCAUCAAAAUCAUGCAGAAGCUUCUCGACCAGAGCAUCAUCCACCACGUGUGUGAUGAGCACCGGGAGUUCAAAGACAUGAAGUUGUUCUACCGCUUCCGGAAAGACGACGGCACCUUUCCACUGGACAACGAAGCCAAAGUGUUCAUGAGGGGGCAGAGGAUCUAUGAGAAGUUGAUGAACACAGAAAACAGCCUAUUACAGACCAGGGAGGAGGAGGGCGGGACCUUUGAGCGGACGCUGGUGGCCUCAGAGUUCAUUGACUGGCUGAUCCAAGAGGGCGAGAUGGCGACCAGGGAGGAGACGGAGCAGCUGGGACGACGCCUCCUUGAGCAUGGGAUCAUCCAGCAUGUCACCAACAAGCAUCACUUUGUGGACGGGCCCCUCCUCUUCCAGUUCAGGAUGAACUUUCGGAGGAGGCGGCGGUUGAUGGAGCUUCUCCACGAGCGGGGCCGCGGCAUUCCCGAGAGUCACGACAGCCCCUUCUGUCUCCGCAAACAGAACUCGGAUGGAGGCAACACCAGCUUUCUCUCAGUGAGCCCAACUAAAGAGAUAAAGAUGGUGGUCGGGGUUCGCCGUAGCAGCAUGAGCAGCAGCUGUGGCAGCAGUGGGUACUACAGCAGCAGCCCAACACUCAGCAGCAGCCCGCCGGUCCUCUGCAACCCCAAGUCUGUUCUGAAGAGACAUGUGAGUCCAGAGGAGCUCCAGACACCGGGAGGACCUUUUCUGAAGAAGACAUUCACCAUUGUAGGCGAUGCUGUGGGCUGGGGAUUUGUCGUGCGAGGUAGCAAACCCUGUCACAUCCAGGCCGUGGACCCCGGUGGGCCCGCAGCAGCUGCGGGCAUGAAGGUUUGUCAGUUUGUGGUGUCGGUGAAUGGACUAAACGUCCUCUCUCAGGACUACAGAACAGUGAGCAACCUGAUCCUUACAGGACCCAGGACAAUCGUCAUGGAAGUCAUGGAGGAGAUAUGACAACCCUUGGAGAAGGAGAAGGGAACUUGAAGGUUUGGUGUUGCAAAAGCAGCAGUCAAAUGGAGAAAGAGGGUGAACUCAACUGCUGUCCUGUUCUGGACUACUGAGAGACAGCACCAAGGAGGAAACAUGGGAAACGUUGACUAUUUUUCUGAGAAGCACAUGCACAAAAACGAGAAAAUCCUUAGAUUUGGACUCCACCACUUUCACAGAAAUGAUCAAGGUUCAGCUCCUCCGGUUUAAAUGUUUAGGAAGGACAAUCCAAAUGUCCGUAGCACAAAAUGGAGAUGAACAUGUAAAAGAUGCAUCUUAAACAGCUAAGAGAAGAGAUUUCAUUCUACCACCAUCUGUGACCUUUACCCCACUUACUUUACCAUUAAUAAAUGGCAGCUUUGGAUAGCUAAGUGCUGCCCCCACCAGGACAGGACGACACACAAACACACUGACUUACAUUGGCUGACAAUGUAUUGCCAGUAAAGGUAUGCUUUACUCAAGGUUUAACAAUAAGCUCACAGGUUACUCUGGUGACAUAUCUAACUAAAUGUAAUAGUUUUUUCAAUAUCUGAGCAUAAUCUUUUUUUUUUUUUUUGCUGAGAAAUGGUUUGAAAAAACAAACAAACAAAAAAAACACACUGGGUAAUAAAAAAUGUAUUAAAUGAAUACUAUUUUUUUUUAAGUAAUAAUGAUAUAAAACACAAGCAUCAAUCUAAAAAGUGACAAUCCUAACCAAGACGUAAACAAUGAAUAUCCAGAUUAACUUUUUAUUACUUUUAUUAACAAACGUAUCUAAAAAGAAUGGGAAUAUAAAGAAACUUCCAGAAUGAGUGUCUUAAACAUUUCAAACCUAACUUCCGCAUGUAGACGUGCUCAUUGAAUAGUGCACACGCACCCUUGGCAGUUUAUGAUGGGGAUUUUUUUAACCUUUCACCAUAGAGUUUAUAAUACAGCACAGCGCUGAUCAUCAUGGCAUAAGCAGGGUCAAAGCAGGGUCGAAGGCACCACUGAAUGUACUGACAGUCAGACAGAAGCACUUGAACUAUUCCAUUCGUUUUUCCUCCAAAGCACAACACAAAUGUUUUCGGUUAGGAGCUGAAUAUACAGUAUACAGUAACUAAUAUGUUCAUUAUGCAGUGUAAUGACAGUAAAAAUGUAGUCCAGACGUUUGAAUUUAGCUAACAUCACAUCCUUCAACUUGACUCGUUUAAUAAGCAGGCUAAUGAUCUGUGGGUUACAUGGCAUUGUAUGUAGAAACAAGUACAUACUAGAUAUCCUGAUAGUAUACUGUACUGUAUAAAGUCUUAUGUUGUCCUGUGUACUGUAGGCAUAGCAACAUUGAAAGAGUGCACACUGGACAUAACAUUAGGUACACCUGCACAUCUCGUAAGGUUCAAUUAAAUAAAAAAAUAUUCCUUGACAAGGUUAAUAAUGUGCAGUUUUAGUUCACUGCGUCAUAUUAGUAACAGUUUUACUAUUUCAUGUAAAGUAGUCAAAGUAUUAAAAACACCUCUCACUAUGAUUCAGUGAUAAUAAUACACAUAACGUCCAUCCAUCCAUCCAUCCAUCCAUCCAUCCAUCCAUCCAUUUUCUAUACCGCUUUUCCUCAUUAGGGUCCGCUGGGGUACGCUGAAGCCGAUCCCAGCUGACUUCGGGCGACAGGCGGGGUACACCCUGGACUGGUCGCCAGCCAAUCGCAGGAACAACCAUUCACACUCACAUGCAUACCUAUGUAAAUGCUCUAAUUAUGGCUAGGGUGUUUAUUUACCUGAGGAGGAAGCAGCGUAAAUUUCCUGAAUGUGAAAACUCAUUAUUUAAAACAAGUUCAUUUUUUCCCUUGUAAUAAUGAUUCGGACUGCAUUAGAAAGUGGAAAAAGAAACAUAGCUCCCUUUGACCACGUGGCCAUUUAUUAACAACUAUAUUGCGCAACACACAGCAACAGAACCGAUGUUGUAAUGGUGGUAAGGCGGCAACAUGCUCAGCCAGCAUUCAUAAGAGUCGAUGAGUUGAUUGUAACCAACAGUACAACACGCGACAGCUGAGUUGCGCCACCAACAUUUAAAGCGCAUGCAGAGCUACAUAAAGACCACACAUGAUACCUCAAAUGCGCUAUUGUCAUCUUAUGGCGUUAAUCAAAUACGACAUCAGGAGGUUGCCUACUGCCACAGCUGUUAAUGCCAAUGUUUUUUCACCCGACACUAAUGAAAGAUCCCGGCGGUUAUUUGUUUUUGUGGACCUCGCACUCGGAAACUAUAGGAGACGUGGCGGUUAAAUGAAUAGCAGCGUUGACUGUAUUUUUAGGAACUAUUAUACAAAGUGUGACUUGGGGACAACAAUCAUAGGAAUCAAAAGCAUAGUAUUGAAAAUAAGUUGUAGAUGCAUGCUUUUUAUUUAACAGUAAUAGAGAUGACUGGCUCAUGUUUUGCAGCAAAAAAAUACUAACACUGCACUAAGAAUAAUAAUGGGCAAUGGCAAUAGUAUCAUAGUAAAUUCUCUGACUGUGUCAAUCAAAACAGAGCAUUAUUUUCUCUGAAUAUUGGAUUAGGUGUUCCUAAUGGAGUGUUUGGUCUGUGUACGGCAACAGGAGCAGAGCGAAGUCCUGCUCCCAAUGCUGUCUGUUUUUAACAUCAACUAUUCAAUUAGAAUGUUCAUCCAGAGUCCAAAUAUGAACUAAAGUUAAAUCACCUAUAGGCCAACUCCCGUGGUGUACUAUUUGUGUUAAGAAGUGACAAACAUGCAUGCUUCUUGUAAAUCUAUAACGCUUCAGUAGCUUCUUCAAGACUCCAAAGUCAAACUCGCAAUGGAAGUGCGUUAUUUUAUCUGAAGCAAAUGCGACUGCUGAUGAUGUCACAGCGCUGUCUUUUUUUAAGGCGCUUUGUAAUGUUUGAUGUAUAACUGCUGAUUAUACAUUACGUACUACUGCUUUUUAGUAUGGUGCCUCAAUACAAUUACAGUGGAACCUCCAAAGUCAAAGUCAGUGCUGGACUUGAACAAUUUUUAAAAAGUCAAUUGAUGUAAUUUGUCACCAUAAUUUGGAAAAUAUGACCACUUUGGAGGUUCCGUUGUAAUGUUUUUGCAGUAAGAUACUGUACUUUUUAAACUAUCUUUCACAACAAACCCAUCCAUCCAUCCAUUUUCUGUACCGCUUGUCCGACUAGGGUUGGGGGUAUGCUGGAGCCUAUUCCAGCUGUCCUUUCGGACGAGAGGCGGAAUACAUCCUGGACUGGUCGCCAGCCAAUCGCAGGGCACAUACAGUAUAGACAAAGAACCAUUCACACUCACAUUCAUACCUAUGGACAAUUUAGAGUCUCAGAUUAACAUAACAUGCGUAUUUUUGCAAUGUGGGAGGAAGCGGGAGUAACCGGAGAGAACCCGCACACGAACGAAGAGAACAUGCAAACACUGCACAGAGAUGUUCCAAUGGAGAUACGAACCCACGAUUCACAACAACCCAUGAGCGUUAAAUGAAUACUUCCUAAUGAAAAACAUUGCCGUUAAUGGUGUAGAACUUAUAUUUAUUUUUCUACCAAAAAAAAAUCACUGCAAAAUCAUCUGUACUCAUUUUGUGUGUGAUAACACACAGGACUUCAAAUACAGUAGUAAGUAAAAGGCCAACUUCAUGCUUAAUGACUUAUUUGUAUGCUGCUCAUUACAUUUUGUUGUGUUGCAUACAACAUGUCGCCAGAGUGAGGCUGUAUAGCCAACCAUCUUGCGUCACUUCAAAUGACAAUCAGUGUUUUACAGACACAUCCUUUAAACGGCACAAGAGGACUAGUUUGAGAUGCAGGGCUGAUGGGAGAAUGUAUUUCCUCUACAAUGUAACAGUUGAUCUAUUCAUAUUUCCUCUCCAGCGUUUAACUCAUCUAUCUUUAAAAGGGACUAUUAAUUAAUAUUUUAGUAGUUUUUAUGUAAAAAAAAACAACCUGCUUUUAAAAUCAACUAUAAGCGCUCUGUUAGCUACAAUUAAUAGAGUUACUGUAUUACAUGUUGAUUAAAUGUUAAAUAAAUGAUGUGCUACUGUGCAA